GUAGGUCGUGGGCAGGCCCUGAAGGCCUCGAAUCCAGGCGCAGGGUAGGGCCUCCCCUUAGAACACUUGUCACCCAGCGUCCCGGCCCGGGCUUCUGCGGGAGGCCGCAGGAAGCCCCGGAAGAACGGCGGGAGGGAGCGGGCGAGGGCGGCGGUGACUCAGCCGCGAGCGUGGGACGGGCGCGCGAGGGGUGAUGGAGCGGCGCGCUCCGCCGGGCGGCGGCGCCGGGCCCGGAGGGGUUAAGGGGGCGGUGCCGGCGGCGCCCCACCCCCCGCCGGCCUCAAGGAGGCCGCGGCGCUCGGCGGUAUUUAUAGCGGCUGCGCCGGACGCGCCGCGUCUCUCCCGCUGGCCCCGGCCGCGGCUUUUCCCGGUCGAACGCUUCCCUGCCCCGCGCCCCGCAGCGAAGGCGCCAUGGAGCGGCCGGCGCCCCUGGCCGUGCUGCCCUUCUCGGACCCUGCGCACGCGCUGAGCCUGCUGCGCGGCCUGAGCCAGCUCCGCGCCGAGCGCAAGUUCCUGGACGUGACCCUGGAGGCGGCGGGCGGGCGCGACUUCCCGGCGCACCGAGCUGUGCUGGCCGCCGCCAGCCCCUACUUCCGCGCCAUGUUCGCCGGGCAGCUGCGCGAGAGCCGUGCCGAACGGGUGCGCCUACACGGCGUGCCGCCAGACAUGCUGCAGCUACUGCUGGACUUCAGCUACACCGGCCGCGUGGCCGUGAGCGGCGACAACGCCGAGCCGUUGCUGCGCGCCGCCGACUUGCUGCAGUUCCCGGCGGUGAAGGAGGCGUGCGGCGCCUUCCUGCAACAGCAGCUAGACCUGGCUAACUGCCUGGACAUGCAGGACUUCGCCGAGGCCUUCAGCUGCUCCGGGCUGGCGAACGCGGCACAGCGCUUCAUUCUGCGCCACGUGGGCGAGCUGGGCGCCGAGCAGCUGGAACGCCUGCCGCUGGCGCGCCUGCUGCGCUACCUGCGCGACGACGGAUUGUGCGUGCCCAAGGAGGAGGCCGCCUACCAGCUGGCGCUGCGCUGGGUGCGCGCCGACCCGCCGCGCCGCGCAGCUCACUGGCCGCAGCUGCUCGAGGCCGUGCGCCUCCCCUUCGUGCGCCGCUUCUAUCUGCUGGCGCACGUCGAGGCCGAGCCGCUGGUGGCGCGCUGCCCUCCCUGUCUUCGCCUCCUGCGCGAGGCGCGCGACUUCCAGGCGGCGCGCUACGACCGCCACGACCGCGGGCCCUGUCCCCGAAUGCGCCCGCGCCCUUCUACCGGCCUCGCUGAGAUCCUCGUGCUCGUGGGCGGCUGCGACCAGGACUGCGACGAGUUGGUCACUGUCGACUGCUAUAACCCGCAGACAGGCCAAUGGCGCUACCUGGCCGAGUUUCCUGACCACCUGGGCGGGGGCUACAGCAUCGUAGCGCUUGGCAACGACAUUUACGUGACGGGCGGGUCCGACGGCUCCAGGCUGUACGACUGCGUGUGGAGGUACAACUCGAGCGUGAACGAGUGGACGGAGGUGGCGCCCAUGCUGAAGGCCCGCGAGUACCACAGCUCCUCGGUGCUGGACGGGCUGCUGUACGUGGUGGCGGCGGACAGCACGGAGCGCUACGACCACACCACCGACUCCUGGGAGGCCCUGCAGCCCAUGACCUACCCCAUGGACAACUGCUCCACCACCGCCUGCCGAGGCCGGCUCUACGCCGUCGGCUCCCUGGCCGGCAAGGAGACCAUGGUGAUGCAGUGCUACCACCCGGACACCGAUCUCUGGUCGCUGGUGGACUGCGGCCAGCUCCCGCCCUGGUCCUUUGCCCCCAAGACGGUGACUCUGAACGGACUCAUGUACUUCAUCAGGGACGACUCUGCCGAGGUGGACGUGUACAACCCCACGAAGAACGAAUGGGACAAGAUCCCAUCUAUGAAUCAGGUGCACGUGGGGGGCAGCCUGGCCGUCCUCGGAGGGAAGCUGUACGUUUCGGGGGGCUACGACAACACGUUUGAACUCUCGGACGUGGUGGAGGCCUACGACCCUGAGACCCGGGCGUGGAGCGUGGUGGGCCGGCUCCCGGAGCCCACCUUCUGGCACGGGAGCGUCAGCAUCUUCCGCCAGUUCAUGCCCCAGACGCCCUCGGGUGGGCGCGGCUUCGCGCUGGACAGCGGCACCGUUGACAUGGACCUGGGCCAGCCCCGGCCACCCCAGAACCCGCAGGAGCUGCACUAGCCCCGGCCUGGCCCGGGGAGGGCCUCGGUGCAGGUAACCCGGCACCUCGGGGGGCGACGACCCCCCGCCUUCGUGCCCAAGGACAGGUCGGGCUCACCCGGUGGAACGGGGGCUGUUGGGGUGCUGAGUGAGCCUCGGGGUCCGGCGCCCAGGUUGUUCCGUGCGCCAAGAACCUAAGUCACAGCUGCUGGGGCCGGGGCCAGUUGUGAGCGCCCCUCCCUCGGUCCAGGAAGAGCUGUCUCGCUGCCGGCACAUGGCUCUCGCUCCAACAGGUCACCCCCCCCCCCACACACACACACACACACCCCGUAGUCUGUCUCCCAGCAUCGACUGACUGGCUCCCGCCUCGGGAGAGGAGAACCCCACUUGGGGCGUGAGCGGAGGGGGACAGGUCCUCCCUGGAGAGCCCAAGAAUGGCCGAGGCCUACCUUCCCACAGGCCCUGCUGCCUUGGGCACUAGGAAUCAGGCUGGCCAUGGCUGCAGCAGGGCCCCAGACUUCACGUCCAGUGCCGGGUAUCCUAGCAAACCGUCUCCGCAGAUGAAGGGGCUCACACACCAAAACACCCCUCAUAGGGGUGGGCCUCCAGCAGGGGAGGACCUCAGACCCAGGGGCUCAGGGCGGUGGGACCUCGAGGGGGGCCCAGAGGGGCCUGCCAAGUGUGUGCUGUCCGCAGGGGACCUGGGCUGAGGCAGGCACUGGCCGUCCGUGCCCACCCCCCACCAGCUGGUCUGUGGCCGUGCUGCACUUGGCCUCUGCAAGGCCCCUGCAGGACCCCUCCGGACUCGGGGUGUGAGAGCCUGCAGGUGCAAGGUCGCGGCCCGCUCCUUCCCGGGAGGCCCCGGGAGCUCGCCUUUGAAGCCCGGCAGGGCAGGCAGCUGCAGGCGCCCUUGCCGGCCUGCGGUCCAGAACCCCACCUCCUCUGGGGGUGGCGGGCCCCGGGCAGCGCGGCCUUGGGGUUGGUUCCAGGGUUCGAAUCUCAGUUUGGCCUUCACUCCUCGAGUGAAGGGGCCUCGGAAGCAGGGUCCAGUGUGGUCGGGGAUGUGGUGCAGAGGCCUGGGGGCAGGGCUCCGGGAGCACCCGGGGAGCCCCGCAGUGCGGGGGGCCCUUUUCUCUGGGAGUGGGAGUGGGUUCGGGAUUGGGCGGUCCUGUCCCCUCAAGGCCCCCGGUGUAGCUUUGCUUUAGUUCGCCUUCCCUCCGAAGAGGAGGGUGUUUGCAUGUUCCUCGUCAGGUGUGUUGAGAGUAGGUGCUCGCCCAGCAGCCUUUCCCGGUGAACUGGGUGAAGAUGCGUGUCUCCGCCCCCCCGCCCCGGGAGGAGCCAGGGCCAGCAGUGUCGCGUCCCCAAGUGCCACCUAAGACCCCUUCUGGCCACGUGGCCGUGGUUCUGGGGAGGAAGCCUUACGGUCUUGAGGCCAUCGGGUGGGUCCUCCAGUGUGGUGUCGUCACUUCAGGUUAGACGGUGUGGUCCGGACACCCUGCCGGAGCGGCCCCAGCUCACAGCUGUCCCUUCCCAUCCCCUGGGGCUCGCUGCUCACCUGGCCCCUCUGCACCCUCUGUGCGCCAGGCACUGCUGGAGGGCAGGUGGGGUCGGCCCCCGCAGUGCUGCAGCCUGCCCUGGGCCUCUGUGCCCUGGGCACCCUCCCCUGGGUCUCUGCCUUCACCCCAGUUAGUGCGGGGACUUUGCCACACGGGCAAUGUGGUGACUGCCGUGACAGGUCAUCUCGGGGCUGUCUGCACAGAGGGCCUUUCGGCAGCUCGAGGAGGUGUGACUUCUGCAGAGGGUGGCCUGUGCUGUGGUCACUGGAGCUGAGCUCUCCUCCCCUCCCUCCAGCUAGGCUGGGCAAGCGAGGUGUCAUAUAAAGCUUUGUGGUUGAGACGGGGCUGCUCACGCUCUCGUUUUUCUUGCAAAACCAGCCUUCCUCCGGCACUCCCCGUAGAGGCUCUCGGGGCAGGGGGCCGGUGCUCCGGGCUCUCUCUCCUCAGUUCUUCACUGUGACUGCCCUCGCGGGCCUGACCACCCCACCGGCUGGCGACGGCCCAGGUGACGGAGAGGGCUGGGUUUGCGUCCUUCUCCACGUCUCCACCACCCAGACUCUGUCUUUGGUUUCAAAGACUAAGGAUGGGAAGGGGACGCAGCAGCCUUAGCAACAGCCAGCCCCUCCCGACUCCAGCAGGGGGUCCGGGAUCGGGGACGCCCUCUGGCUCGUCGGCUCCCUGGCUCCCCCGGCACGGGUUCCAGGUUGCAAGCUGCACCCCUUACCAACUUUCAUAUACUGGCCGGGGUCAGAGGGCCGGACCAGCUGGGGGUGGGACUGUGCCCGUGUGUGUGGAAUGCACACACCUUUAUCUGUCUACAAGUCAAAUUAAGUUAUGAGAGUUUGGUGGUAGUAUUUAAUGCUCAUCUAGGACGUAUUGUGUAUUUAUGGCUCAGAGACCCCUCCUGUGUCCCGCACCCAGGUUCAACCCCAGCAGGUGGGCAGGUUUGCGUAUUUAUUUGUCUGUUCUGUAGGCUUCCACGUCCAGAACCCUGUAAGGUUUUCGGAUGCCUCCAAUAUGUACUUUUUGAAAUAAAAAUGUUUCCUAUA